AGCCUCAAUGUCUUACAACCCUAUACGCCUCCACGGCCUAGUACUUAUAGUACUUUACAUAAAUUUCAAGGCGUCUAAGCUCGUCUAAGCUAAUCUAAACCUAAGUUCAGAAAACAUUUUUGUUCAUCUCUGAUUUUAAAUUGUGGUUACAAAAUGCCAGGUAUUAACCAGUAGUAACCACUUUGAAGAUGCUUGAAAGCACCUGAAAAGGCGGGCGUUAGUGAGAAAAUGUUUGGGUUUUUGACUGACAGCAACUGUGUUAUGAUACGUAAAACAACCUCACAUAAACUAUAACCAAUAAAGCACUUUAUGUUCGGUAUGGUAACAAAAUCUGAAACAGAGUGAACACUGUAUAUAUGGAGUUUGUGUUGUGUUUGUGCUUCAUGGACACGCAGCGUCUCAUAGCAUUUGGAACUGUUGUUCAUAGAAAUGGUGCUUGAACGUAUAUAGAACGUUUGCAUGUAGUGACUGUGGUACUGUGUAUUGUCAACCGAACUUCAUUUUUUUUCGAAUUUAGAUUAAUUAUAACCUAAAAUGGCAGAUGUUGAAUUUGUGAUUCCAACGAAUAAGGAUGAACUACUACAAGGGGAGCCAGGCCAGUAUUCUGUCAGAAAUGUCUGCAGCCUUCCAGAGUUAUCAGAUAAACUUUCAGAUUGCAAAAAUUCCAUUAGCGAAGUAGGCACCGACUUCAUUCUGGACCAUUUUGAUUCUCUUUUCUCGGUGCUAGUACACUUCAAACAAGCUGACUUAUCUACACUGUCAAAAGGAUGGAAUGUCAUUAUGAAAGGAUAUGGUGUGCUGCAGAGCAGUUUGGCUCUGCUGCUGGAAGAGGGUGACUUGAAUUCUGAGCUGCGAUUUAGAACUGUGAAUAUUACAAAGAUGGCAACUUACAUUUUAACACAAAUGAUGCGAGCCUUUGAAGAAAAACUGACUCAAAAAUCAAGCAAUGGAAUACUGAUUGAUUCUGGAAAAGGCCGCAAAAAGAGUAGCAAGAAAGUGGAAUAUGAAGAUUUUAACUGGGAAGCAAAAAGUCACAGUGCCCUGGUCCUUCUAUAUCAUCUUUUGCAGCUUCCAUUGAACAAAUUGUGGGAACCUCCUAUAGCUGAGGAAGAAUUUAUCAAUCUUAUUGCUGAUUGCUGUUAUAAAGUCCUAGAAGAUCCUGGUAUUUCUGCAGUCAAGAUGAAGUACAUGCGGGAAACAAUAUUUCAAGUGCUGGGAACGCUGAUCAAACGCUACAAUCACGGCCUGAGCUGCAGUAUCAAGAUAGUUCAUUUGUUGAAACUGUAUGAACAUUUGGUGAGUCCGUUAGCUCAAGGUGUUGUGCAGCUUGUUCAAGAAUUUGGUUGCCAGACUAUUGUUCGUGAGGUAGUACGUGAGAUUAGUGAGACAGACAGUUCUGAUCUCAUGCAAAAUACAUCUGGUACAAGAGCAUAUUCGCAGUUCCUCGUGGAAGUUGCUGAGAGACUUCCAGAGCUUAUAAUGCCUGCUAUCAAUGCCCUCACUGUACAUCUUGAAGGAGAGUCUCCAGUGAUGAGAAUGUGUGUCUUAGGAAUAAUGGGAGAAAUUGUGCUACGUAUGCUGAGUGUAGAGAAUUUAGAUGAGAGUUCCCGUGAUAUGCGAGAUCAAUUCCUCGAUCAUCUUGAGGAUCAUUUACAUGACGUGAACGCAUUUGUGCGGGUGAAGGUUCUUCAAAUAUGGCAGCGUCUCUGCCAAGAGAAAUCUAUUCCUUUAUCACGCCAGGGUCAAGUGUUGAAACUGGUUGUAGGUCGCCUUCAUGACAGAAGUUGCAAUGUCAAGAAAAAUGCCAUGCAUUUGGUGACUGCAUUUCUUGAAGGGAAUCCAUUUGCAGCCAAGUUGAGUCUAGAGGAGCUUCAGUCACAGUUGGAGGCAGAGAUGAAGACCCUAGAAAAACUUCAAGGAGAGAAUGUCAUUGAGAUGGAGAGGAGGAAGCGUGUCACUGAACAUGAAAGACAACAGGCAUGGCUUGAACAUGAACCAGAAGUUGCUAAACUUAUUGAAGAUAUCUUACAAACAGGUUCGACAGAGGAUGAGCCAGCUACCCAGGUACUGACACAAAAUUCUCUCACUGAAUCGUUAGAAGAAAUCCGUGUGAAGCUUGGCCAAAAGCAGUACUUGGAAGCUUAUUAUCUUUUACGAAAUGCAGAGAAACAGUUCCCUGGUGCUCAGGAACUUAGGUGUGACAUGAAUAUGGAAAGCCAGGUUGUUUACUUCCUGAAUCUCCUCCAUAAGAUAUUUGUGGAAUGCAACUCUUCGGGAGAAAGUUCUUUGCAGAACAGCCAGAGUGAGGUAGGGUCUGGUUCUGCUUCUCAGGAGAUUGGGGUUGUGUCUCAAUCUGCAGUGGACAGCACUGUGGAAUCCCAGCAGGCAGUUGUGCAGUAUCUCAGAGAUACCGUAAUAUUUGUGGAGCUUGUAUCAAGUGCUCUUCCCGUGAUCUGUCAGCUGCUUCAUUCUCGGCAAGUAACUGAUAUUAUAGAGGCAAUAGAGUUCUUCACAUCUGCGUAUCAAUUUGGUCUGGCUGGUGCUAUAGUUGGAAUUCAACAAAUGUUGGUCCUCAUGUGGUCACGUGAUCAGGCUGUCAGGGAUGCAGUAGCUCUCUCAUAUAAAAAGUUAUAUCUUACCACAGAAAGUACUACACCAAGGGCUCAUGCUGUUCAAGUUGUGAAAAAUUUGAGUGGAUUGUUAAAAAUUGUGAAUGUGGGGCAACAUGCUGCAUUCGAGGAACUUGUCAAGAACUGGGUUAAGAAUGGUUCUAUAGAUAAAGCCUGCAUACAGGUGAUGUGGGAGCGGUUUUCACUUAACAUUCCUGAUACAUCAGAAGAGGAUAGUCUGGCAGCCCUGAUAUUGUUAGGAAUGGUGGCAAGAGCUGAGGUGCAGACUGUGUCAAGCAAUAUCCCUGUGUUAGUUAGCAUUGGGCUUGGAGAAAGAGGGAUGAGGAAUUAUAGACUUGUGAAAGAAGCGUGUCAAGUUCUGCUGAAACUGGUGGUACAGAAACCACCAGUGAACUCACCAGUUCCUUCACUUAGAUUUCCAAAGGAUCAUGAUAUCUUCACGAGCAUUAUUAAAAUCUUGAAGUCUGGAUUCUGGAAAGUGGAUGAAAAUUAUUACAUACCAAUGUCUUCUGAAGCCAUAGGUGUUAUAUAUCAGCUGGCAGAGCAACCUGAUGUCAUCUGUCAGGAAUUAUUAAAAGAUCUUCUUAAUCAGGUGAAGCAUGGAAGACCACCUGAAAUUCUAGGAAAUAACGAAAUAUUUGAUGGUUUGCAAGGGGAACAUAAAGACACUUGUUCCGAGCCUAACACACACGUUUCUGCUGAGUGCUCUUUUGAAGUUCUGUCUCGCUUCAUGUUCAUGAUUGGUCACAUAGCACUUCGUCAAAUGUUGUAUCUUGAUGUGGCUGUUUUUUGUGAGCUUAAACGCCGUAAUAUGCUUCGUGAAGAAAGAGAUGAGGCUCUGAAUACCAAAAGCAAAAAGAAAAAGAAACAACAAAGUAGUAGAAAUAAUUCAUUGCAAAAUACAUCUUAUGUGUCCAUGAGUGCAUCUGAAACUCCUAGGAGCAGGCAGGAGCCUUCAGAUGGAGAUGAUGAGAUGGGAGUUGUAGGAGCUGUUGCUGAUGACCAGGAAGCAGAAUACAUACGUAAUAUUUGUGAGAAUGAUAUUGUGACUGGUGAAAGCCUUCUUGCUGCUCUUAGUCCUUUGGUAGUGACAAUAUGUUCCAAUCCCAACAAAUAUAAAAACAUGAAGCUCCAAACUGCAGCAACCCUUACACUGGCAAAAAUGAUGAUGGUAUCUUCAAAUUUCUGUGAGAAUCAUCUCCAGCUUUUAGUAACAGUGCUGGAAAAGGCGACAGAACCUGUUACCAGAUGCAAUCUUAUUGUGGCACUUGGAGAUCUGUCCUACAGAUUUCCCAACAUCAUUGAGCCUUGGACACCCCACAUAUAUGGCAGGUUGCAAGACUCAUCAUCUGAAGUCCGCCAAGGCACAAUGUUGGUACUCACAAAUCUAAUUAUGAAUGAUAUGGUAAAGGUCAAGGGUCAGAUUUCAGAAAUGGCACUCUGCAUUGUUGACACAGAGAAGAAGAUAGCAGAUAUGGCAUGCAUGUUCUUCAUGGAACUUUCCCAGAAAGGCAAUACUCUAUAUAAUGUGAUGCCUGACAUUAUCUCAAGACUGUCCACUCCGGAUUUAAAACUUGAGGAGGAAAAGUUUAAAACAAUAAUGAAGUUCAUCAUGGGUUUGAUACAGAAAGAUCGACAAAUGGAGUCCCUUGUUGAAAAGCUCUGUUUGCGUUUCCGAAUGUCACAGAGUGAGAGGCAGUGGAGUGACUUGGCAUUCUGUCUUUCACUGUUACAAUACUCAGAACGCAGUUUGCGACGGCUAAGUGAAAAUCUGCCCUGCUAUGCUGACAAGUUACAUUCACCAAAAGUGUAUGAGACUUUCUGUUCCAUACUGGCUGGUAUUAGCAAGACAACUAAACCCGAGCUGAAGGCUGCAGUGGAUGAACUAGAGGCCAAGAUUAAAGAAUGCAGUAAUAAAGGUGCAGAUGAUGUUUUGGUGUCACAGAAAGCUACUGCUGCAGCUGGGCGAAGAAGAACAACAGCCAAUACACCAGCAGGUAACAGGAUUGGCUCUACUACACACAGACAGGUUUCACGUUCCACGGUCCGGCGUGAUAGGCGGCGGCAUCUGUCUUCUGACUCAGAGGACUCAGACAUAUCAGAUGGUGAAAAUGCCAAUAAAGAGAAUCGUGGUAGCAAGGGCCAGAGCCAGCAGCAGAUUCGCACCAGCUCAAGACUUAGGUCAGCAAGGAAGCCUGUGCCACCUCCACAUCCUGUUUUAGAUUCUGAUGACUCUGAUGAAGAGAUUUUUGUGAAGCCCAAGACACCAAUUAAGAAAGUUACUGGUGUGGACCAUUUAGCAGAUGAUGCAGAAAGCUCAGAUGAAGAUGUUGCAGAGAAUGCUUUGGCUUCACCUGACCGUAAAAGAAUUUGUAGUAGCAGAGACAACAAGAAAAUAUCAGUCACCUGCACACCUAAACCAAGGAGUACACCACGACCAAAGCACACCAUAACAACAAGCGCAAGCAGAUCUAAAACAAAGAAUAAAUAAUAUUUGUAAUUUAUAUUAAUUGUUCUUAAUUUUUACAGUCAUAUCCAUAUUAUUCUUUAAUUAAGAUAAAAUUAGAUUCUCAAAGGUUCUGACGAUAGUAUAUAACACUUGGAAUUACUGGGUUUUUGGACAUUGUCUGUUGUUUGGUAUUCAGAAAACAAUAGAGAACACAACACUUCAGAAACUGGGUGUGUCUCCGCCCCCCUCCUCACCCGAGGACAAAAAUAGAUCCAGUUUCUGAAACGUGUUCUCCAGUGUUCUUAGAAUACUAGAUGGCACACAAAGUCCAAAAAACCCAGGAAUCCUAAGUUAGAAUUAACCCUUACCAUGGAAAGAAUAACAAGUUAUACUAAAGUAUAAGGUAUUUACUGAUAUUAUUUAUCACUUUGUUUAAUAUGCAUGAUGAUGUGUCGUUCAGUAUUUUUUAAUUUUUGUGAAUUCAAAAUUUUAAAAACUUUUUAAUUUCUCCUAGAACAGGUUAAAGAAAUUCUUCCUCCACAUCAGUUUCUUUGUCUUUUAUCUUCAUAAUUCAUCAGAUUAGUUUUGUUAAUAUCAAUAUCAAAACAGUUCCUUCAAAAUGAAUAAUGUAAAAUACAAAAUGAACUGGUGAUUAAUAUGUAUUAUGAAUAUAUUAUGCAUAGGAACCUACCAAAUGCUAGUGAUAUGCUAUACACACAUGAUGCUUAUAAAAUAGCAUACUUUAAAAAGCUACUGCUGUUAAGCUUCUUCUUGGCUGUGGAAUUGCUUAAAAUAAAAUUCUUUACAAUGUGAGCCAGAAGUCCAUUUCACUAGGAAGAUAUAUAUAUUUUUAAAAGAAUUUGUGUGGGUGAAUACGGUAUAUUCCUUGUGCUUGCUUAACAAGAAAUGGGAAUGCUUUACACAUUCAUAUACAUACCUUGUUUGUGGAAGUUACAUGACAGUUCACUUAGAUGUUCAUAAUAUAUCAUUUCCCUUUAUUCCUUAUGGAUAAGAAUUUACAUUAGUUUUUAGCAGUUCAACAUGAAAUCUUUGAAUCAGUUGUGUUAAAUAUUGAUUUCAUGUGCCAUUGUUACUGUAGGAGUAAUUAGCUCUAAUUAGGAGAGAUGAAAUGACUUUCCAUCUGGAAAUUCUACAUCUGAAGAAAGCAGUCUUCUGGGAUUUGGCACCAUGGCAAGUGAAGAGACCAUGAGAACCGGUAAAAGA